GACAUUGUUGUCUAUCAGGCCGCCAAAAAGAAAAUGGUCUCUCUCCGAUUUCCAUUCUCGUUUCCUCAGCCGCCAAAGCUUCCACGCCAUGGCUUUCUCCGCCCCUCCUACGCCGUCGUCGCGGCCGGCGGCGCUGCGGCAGCAGCCGGAUUCGUCGCUGUAACUAUAAACUCGACGAACCAACAAUCCCCAUUUCUCGAAAGUGCAUUAAAUUCGCUCUUCCGAAGUCAUUCAUCGCCCCUAUGGGCUUCUCUAUCUCUGGCGGACAAUUCAACCACCUCUUCAGUUGUUGACUCCAAAACUGGAAUGUCAUUUCCGUCAGUAAUCGGAGACUCUCAGCAGCUUCUCGGAAUUGGGUUGCGGAGAAAGGCGAUUUUGGGAGUGAAGAAUAUCAAUGUGUAUGCAUAUGGUGUUUAUGCCGAUAACAAUGACAUAAAAGAAUCAUUGAGUGAGAAGUAUGGAAAACUCAGUGUCUCUGAACUACAAGAAAAGAACUUUGAUAAAGAUAUCAUGGAAGCUGAUAUAUGCAUGACUGUUAGACUUCAAAUAGUCUACGGAAGACUGAGCAUCCGAUCCGUUCGAAGUGCUUUUGAAGAAUCGGUUGGAAGUCGACUCGAGAAGUUCGGGGGUUCAGACAACAAAGAAUUGCUUCACAAAUUCACUUCCCAAUUCAAAGACGAGUACAAAAUACCUCGAGGGUCCGUGAUCGAUCUCUCCAAAGAACGAGGCCAUGUCCUCCGCACAAUCAUUGAUGGGAAGGAAGUGGGAAGCAUAGAGAGCCAACUACUGUGCAGAGCCAUUUUAGAUCUGUAUAUUGGUGAAGAUCCAUUUGAUAAACAAGCCAAACAAGACAUCAAACAAGCUUUAACUUCUAUUCUUCACAACUAAUAUAUAUAUAUAUAUAU